AUGAGCGAAGAAGGAUUCGAUUUGUACCCCCUGGAAGAGGGCCUACUCAUAGGCCACAUAAACGUUGACGAGGAGGUAAACAAAAGAACAAAAGCAUAUCUGAGCAUGUCCCUAAAUUACAUUCGUGAGAAUAAGUUUAGAAGUUGCGAGGAGUAUCUGAGUGGUGUAAUACCCGCUCUGAAGGAACACCCAUUUGAACACCUGACCUUGAUGACCAUAAAAAUAUAUUGCAGUUUAAGAUUAAAUAAUUAUCGCUCCGUUUCCAGUGACCUUAAUUCGCUUGGUAAUUUGGAUAAAAAAAAUUACAACUUUGAACAUGUCGAAGGGAAAUAUAAAAAAAAAAGUGGAUCCAUGAUUUCCUUCCUCCUAAGACUGAUUAACUGCUACUACCCUUACACGCUCAAUCUCUACUUCACGUCCUUUGACCGGCUUUAUCUCUUAAUAUUGCACUAUGAGAAGUUGCUUCAUGAGUGCACCGCUCAGGUGGGAAGCACUAAGGGGCAGCACGACGUCUCGUCCAAAUCCCCCCGCUACACAACCAUCAUACAUGAUGAUGAUGGUGAAAAUGCGGCAGUGGAACGGAAGAAGGUCAUCCUGCACAACAUCGCUGUCUCGUGCUACGUCCUCUGUGACCUCUUGCUUAAGAAGAAUUACGUCGAGCAAGCCAUUCACCUUCUGAAGGAAAAAAUAUUGAAAUAUGAUGCAAACCACAUUAUCACCAUAUCCUUAAUUGGAAAAUUGUAUUUGCUUAUGGGGGCAAUGGACUCUGCGGGGAGGUCCUUCGACUUGGUUGAGCAUUUAACAGGUGGGGCGGGUCCUUCCACUGGAGAAGUACCUGCCCAGGAUGCCGUAACUCAAGCACACACAUUAACAAAUGCUACUUUCUUUAAUCUCUACCUCCAGGAUUACCCAUCUGCAAUGCAAAAAAUUAUAUCCAUUUCACCAAAUCUCACAACGGAGAAAAAAAGAGGACACCUGGAAAACGACUACGCCAUAUACACCAACAACCUUGCAGUCACCUACUUUUUUAACAAUGACGUGAACAAAUCUAUGCAGACUCUGGAAGAGGCUGUGACCAGGGACCAGGGAAAUGCGUACCCUGCUCUUGUAAAAAAUUUGAACAUUUUGUACGAGUUUACCAAGCAUGUUUCCAUUGAUGAUGGCAUCUUCAAAAGCCGAGUCCUGAACCCAUUCCACUACAAACGCGAAAAGAUGCGCAUAAUGAAGUACGUGAACUCGCUAGCCUUCCUGUACAAUGAGUUCAAGAGCAACGUGGAGGACCUCGAGAAGACGUACGAGAAUUUCCUCAAGGCGCUAAAGGUGUCCAAGGAAACGGAAGAAAGGUUGCUCAAAAUGAAUGACGUCAAAACAGCUAGCUUCAUAAGUGAAAUGGAGGAUCUAAAGCGUGAGUAUGAUUUGUUUAAAGAUUCAAUAGAAGACAAGUUAAACAAUAAAAAAAACGAAUUCGAAAAAACUUUGACGACUACAAUUGAUGGGUUUUUUCAAAAUUCUGUAAAGGAAUUAAAAGGGAUCAGCAAAUACAUAAAGUAUAUAAAUCUGAAUGCUACAAAUUUACACAAAAUUGUAUCGAGCAUUUUUUCUAAGGCUAUGAAUUUAAGUGAUAUAUAUGAACAAAACAUAAAUCAUAUAUACGAAAUUGGAAAGGAAUAUUAUAGAAUAAAAUUAAGUUCAUUAAAUCAUAUGCUGGCUUCAGAAUAUGAAAAAUAUAAUAAGACACUUGGAUUCAUAUCCAAUGAAAAAUAUUUAGACAAUUUUUCAGAUGUAUUUUAUAUUGAAUUGUUAAAAAAUCAUUUAAAAAAUUCUUCUCCUAAAACAGUCAUGAUUGAUUUGUCCAACAUUAUGGAAAGACGUUCCUUUCACGAGCUUUCUUACUUUUUUAAUAUUUUUUUAAAAAAUUUCCAAAAGGGUAUAAUCAUUUAUGUAGUUAACAGAGUAGACACAAAUUGCCACAACAACAAAAUGAUUUUUAUUGAAUACUUCAAAUUGUAUGAAUUGGUUCAUUACAUUAAGAAUAAUUAUAGCCACCUCAAAAUUGAUUUUAUAGAAAUUCAUGUAUUUAACAUGUACAUAUCCUUUUUUGUUAAUGCGAAUGGGAUUUUGUAUCAUGUGAAUUAUGAAUAUUUCCUCGAUGCUAACUCCAUUAGUCUUUACAAUGCUCACAAUUAUGGUUACUUCUUCACUAACCAGAAGAUCCCGGAUGAAACCUCCUGGAUCAGUAGGGGGUAUGGAAAGGCAACUUCGAAUCGUGGAGAUACAAUUGUUGCCCCUAAGGAACGGCUGUACGUUCUCUAUGUGGGCAGUCGAGUUGUUCAAGACAAUUGUAUUAUAUACAACCGAAAAGAUAUGAUCGAGUUCAAAAAGGACAAUGCUUACAAGAUUAUCCAGCAAAACAAAUUCAACUCUCAUGAUUCCUUCGUUAAUAUCUUUCUGCUUAAGCUCGAGUCCGAGUAUAACUUCUACAACCAAUUCCUCAACAGUGAGCAACAGCACCUCUACCGCUUCUCCGUGCACAACUGUAACAUGAUUCUGACGUAUGACUCGCUCAGCAAGUUUGACAUCCCCCAUGAGAAGUUCACCCCGCACUUCAAAGACGUGUACACCCUGAUCAUCAUCUACCCCGGAAGCAACAUCAGCUCCAUGUGCAGCCUCUUCAACAACUACAUAUUUCGCGAGUCCAUUUACAACCUACGCAAGGAGCAGUCCAAUGUGCUCGAAAUUUACGCAGACAAGAAAAAGCUAACCAUGGUGGUGAACAAUAAAACCAUAAACUACUACGUCAAGCGGGAUAAGCAAAAAAAGGAAGAGCCUUUGGAAAGCAGCCUUCUCAAUAUGAAGAACUGCUUAAAGCAACACGUCAGGAGUAACUACGACGAUUACUUUGAUUAUUUGAACAUUAUUUAUUUUGUAUCAUCCGAUUAG